GCGAGAAAGAGAAGUAGCACAGGAAGUGACUGAGGUCUCGGUUUAAGGCAAAGAAACGUUGAUGCUCACCCAGACGCUUCUACUCUCCAAACCAGCUGGUGCAGUUCAGCAGGCAGUUUCCUCUGUGUUCCUCUCGGAGAUCUGGUUGGUUAGACGAACAGGCUGGAGGGAGGCCUAGGGUCCAGUCUGCUGAGGAGAAUUUCUUCCAGGAAGUCUCACCAGCGUAACAACCGGCGUCCUGAACCACAGGAGGCCAAUGACAUGGGGGGAAGUGGAGAUGACAGCGGGCCAGGGAGGCUGAGCCGCAGAUUGUCUCGCCUGGGCAGCAGGCAUCAGUCCAGGGAUCCUCCGAGACCCCCCGCUCAGCCAGAGAGACUUCCUGCUCCACCUGUUCAACAAGAUGACAGGCCUUCUCCACCAGCCCCUGCUCCACCUCCACCUGCGGCUCCUGCUCCGCUGCCCUCACCCGUGGAAAUGCCACCUAAACGCCCAGACAAAUCCACAAAGCCCAAACUUCCCCCUCGGCCGCUAUCCAAGGUGUUCAGCAGCACUGACCAUGGAGCAGCUGUUUUGCAGGGGUUUGAUGCUUUUCGGGCAGAUGAGACUCUCUGUGACGUCGUCUUGGUUCCCGGGGACAGCGCAGACGCUUUCCCAGUCCACAGAGUCAUCAUGGCUUCAUGCAGUGACUAUUUCAAGGCAAUGUUCACAGGAGGCAUGAGAGAGCAGGAGAUGAGAGAGAUCAAGCUGCAUGGGGUCACUAAGUCGGGUUUAAAGAACAUCAUAGACUUCAUAUACACAUCCAAAGUCAGCCUCGACAUGGGUAAUCUCCAGGACACACUGGAGGCUGCAAACUUCUUGCAGGUCAUGCCUGUCCUGAGCUUCUGUAAUCAGCUUCUGAGCAGUGAGAUCACUAUUGAUAAUUGUGUGGAGGUGGAGCACAUCGCCACAGACCUGCUUCUGGAGGACGUUCAGCUGAAUAUAGGUGAGUUUGUGAGCCAGAACCUCUCAGCGUUGGUGGAGUGUAGACGCUACCUCCAGCUCUCUGAAACCAGCAUGGCCAACGCUCUGUCCAACAACUCCCUGAAGGGUUUCUCUGAGAUGGAGCUCUACCACAUCGCCAAAGGAUGGCUUGAACACAACUCCCCCAGUCGACGCUCCUCUGUCUACGCCUUGAUGCGCCAUAUUCGCUUCCCACUGAUGAGCCCCAGCGAGCUGAUUCAGAUCUCCCAGGAAGAAGAAGAGGGAGGAGACUCCUUGAUGCGCUCUGAGACAGCCUCUGUGAACCUCCUGCUGGAGGCCAGCAACUACCAGAUGAUGCCUUUCAUGCAGCCAGCUCUGCAGACUGAACGCACACAAAUACGCUCAAACGACACCCACAUCCUGGCUCUGGGCGGUGUGAUGCGGCAGCAACUGGUGGUGAGCCGGGAGCUGAGGCUAUAUGAUGAAAAGACGGGCUAUUGGAGGGCCCUGAAGCCCAUGGAGGUGCCGCGUUACCAACAUGGAGUGGCUCUUCUAGGCGGCUUCCUCUUUAUUGUCGGAGGCCAGAGCACUUAUGACACCAAGGGUAAGACGGCCAUUGACAGCGCCUACCGCUACGACCCGCGCUUCGACAAGUGGCUGCAGAUUGCUUCACUCAACGAGAAGAGGACUUUCUUCCACCUGAGCGCUCUGAAGGGGAAACUGUUUGCAGUCGGAGGAAGGAAUGCCUCAGGAGAGAUUGACACGGUGGAGUGCUACAACCUGAAGAAAAAUGAGUGGACUUUUGUGAACAAUAUGGUGGAGCCUCACUAUGGACACGCUGGCACAGUUCAUGGGGACCUCAUGUACAUCUCAGGUGGCAUCACCCGUGACACGUUCCAGAAGGAGCUUUGGUGUUACGAUCCCGUCGCCGACACGUGGAAUCGUCGAGCCGACAUGAUGGAGCUCCGCGGCCUGCACUGCAUGUGCACCGUAGGAGACAGACUCUACGUCAUGGGCGGGAAUCACUUCCGAGGCAGUAGCGACUACGACGACGUCCUGGGCUGCGAAUGCUACAGCCCGGAGACAGACCAGUGGACGGUGGUGGCGCCGAUGUCACGGGGCCAGAGCGAUGUUGGCGUGACGGUGUUCAACGGGCAGAUCUACGUGGUGGGGGGGUAUUCCUGGAACAGCAGAUGCAUGGUUGACAUUGUGCAGCGCUACGAUCCAGAGCAGGAUGUGUGGGACCGGGUGUUCAAUGUGCUGGAGCCUCUGGGGGGGAUUCGUGCCUGCACAAUGACAGUUCAUCUGCCAGAGGGGUCAGUGGAUGAAGCUCAGAUACAGGAGUGCCCACUGCCAACAGCGAAGAGCUGAUCGUGCACCACAGACGUGGGGGGUUUCCAACUCUGUCACACCAGAAUUGGCAAGAAGAAAAUCACCUUUCAUGCUGUGACCAAAAGAAGGCAAAACAGGAAAUAGCGUGGGUUGCAAACACGAGCAGGCGUGGCUAGCUACCUAACAUUAGGCAUUCAACAAAUGAAAAUGAUACACUUCUCUACUUUACUCUUUAUCUUUAGUGCCAUUUGCUGUCCUUGCAUUUAGUGUCAGCCAUUUAGCAUCCAUCCUGCUCCGUCUGCUUGUGUUCUUUCACUCUGCAAUUUCAGUACGUUAACCCUUUGAGGUCUAAGGGCAUUUUGAAAUAUAUUCCUAUAUUCUCCAUUUAAGGGUAUUUGCAUAUAACAUGAUUCCAUGUGUUUCAUGUUAAGAUGUUCAGAACAAACUCAGCAUUCUGUAUAGUGACGCCCAAAAUUGUUCCAGAGCAAUGUAUAAAGAGAUAAUUUGGCCCUAAAGCGGAAACAUUUCUCAAAUCUCUUGGGAUAAACAUACAGUACCUACACUCAAUUGUUUUGGUGCUUGAAAUGAGUUUACAAAAGUCUCGGGUUCACAAAAGUAGCGUAAUAUCUGAAUAAAAUAGUAAAUAAAUGUAAUAUCACUUUUUGAGUAGGAGUUGUGUCACUGGACUUGCAAGUGCGUCUUUUGUCCUCAGAGGGUUAAAGGACACUAUACAUUGUUAAUGAAAGGUCAAACCCACCCUCCCUGAUUCAUUGGACAUUGAGACUCGCUGUUUCACAUGUAAAAGUGAUAGGAUUGACCUCUGAAAGAAAUGAAAUAACCAGAGUUAUAUGUAUAUGGAGUAAGCCUCUGACUAAAGCAUAAAAAUUGUAUUAUUUUAUCUUUUCAUCACGCUCUAAUAAUCUCAUAUAUAGACCAAAAACAACCCUGACUCUACCCUGCUAACAAGCGCUGUCUGUGUAACUGAUGACACAAGCUGAGAGGAAUCAGCUGAUCUCUCUUUAUCAUAAUAAAGUAUGAAGGAAUGUGUCAAUAGCCACAAUGUGGCUCAUCUUUUUUCAUGAUAAUGAAGGGCUUUGACACAGAGUCAUAUGAUGCUGGAAAACAAAGACAACAUGUCUUUAUUAUGACGGAAUUGGAAAUUCCUUCUGUGAAUUAAGCUUGUAACUAACACAGAAAGCCACAAAUUUCAAAAUAAAACUGAGCUAAAUAGAGCACAGGUCCAACAGAAAUGUACAAAAAUUGAAGGAUAAAUGUCUAAUUUGUUAUGUUUUGUAUAUUUAUAUUGAUAUGCAGUGUUUUAAAGUGAAAAUAAAAUGUUGGAUUAUGA